AUGUGCAGUCUCCGUACCGAAGGAACACAACAUGGUUGCGGCCAUUACAUCAUCACAAAAAAGGUUGACAGGCGCGAUUGCAUGAGCGAAUACUGCAUCUAUUCUGACUACCACAGUGAAAAUUGUCCCCAUUGUCCAAAUUGCAAACGCUACCUCGAUCCAGAUCAUUCAGAAACAAUCACCGUACGAACGAACGCUUACUGCACAAGUUGCGAAUACUGGUAUCAUGGCGCCGGUCCGUUAAUAGUACAACAGAAUAUAAUCCACCUAUUGUCACCAUUUAACAGCAAGGCCAACGAUCUUACUCUCUUUGCAUUCGCAACACUGUUCCUCAAGUUCAGUCAUUCGAUCCGCCAACUCCACCGCACUCCUGACGAGUCAUCCGACGCCGGCGUCCUGUCAUCCCAAUAUGCUUCCUCCCUCCGCGUCCAUUCUUUAUCUCCCCAUCUAGCGCCGGCCAUGCCAUCCUCUGCAACACCUUGCUCCUCCCAGUUCCUUGAAUAUCCCUCUGCGCACCACCUGGGCAUGCCAUCACUUCGAUCUAGUCAUACGACCGCCCAAUGUGUUAGUUCUUUUUUCCGACAGCGGCCCGUCCACCCAAUGUACCAGCAGCUCCACUACCAACCCUUACUCCACGCUCCCUGCCCACCUUUCGCACUACAUUUUGUAAAUUCCAGAACCCAUAGCAUUUGGUCCCUUUGA